CCCAAAAUAUUCUUGAAUUGGGCCACUGAAGUCAUACCCAAUUAAACAAGCUCCUAAGGUAAAUUACAUACAUCGCAGCAGGGAGCAGCAGAAUUUCUUGCCACUAACUCAUGCACAAAUGAGCGCAGGUGGAGCAUUUGGGGGAAAUAGAGGAGCGAGGCCAGUGCCACCAGAAAAAGGAGUGUUCCCUUUAGACCACAUGCAUUUAUGUGAUCUGGAGAAAAAAGAAUACAUUAGCUGUCUCAGAUCCUCUGGCCAUAAAUCUGAGCUGUGUAGACACCUGUCUAGAAUGUACUUGGAGUGUCGUAUGAAGAAGAAUCUGAUGGCAAAGCAAGAUAUGUCAGAACUUGGUUUUGGAAAGGAGCCUGUGCUGGAAGCCUCUCCGGAGGAUGGAACUAGAAAUGCGAUGAUAGAAGAAUGAACUCAUUUUCAGGCAUCAGCAAUGGCAAACAGUUAUAUUAGUUUUACUGCCAUCCACGAAUGUUUUGUAGAUUACAGGAAAUUUUUAUCCAAUCUGGGUCACACUUUGUACUUAAACUAAGAGUUUGGUAGGGAUGAACUGUACAUCUAUUACAAUCGCGAAAGUUUACAGACUGAAACACACGGGUUUAUCUAUUUCAUUCCUUUCGACA